AUGCCCGUCAACCUCAACACCCUCCUCAACAGCACCCCAGUCUCACCCCCGCACUCCCAGUUCCACCCCAGCCACAGCCAGGGACCCUCGGCCAUCGAGCUCGCCAACCUGCUCUCACCAGCAGUCGACUCCCAUCGCGCCCUGCCCAAGCAAGCCCACCACCAGCAGCAGUACUCCGAGCACGACGAACAGCAGGAGGACGACGAUGAGCACAAGCAGUUCCGCGAAGCCCUCCAGGCCCUCCCCUUGACCCAGCCCGCCACUCACACCCUGCCCGUCGCGGCCUUCAACCGCUCACGCCCUCCCAGAGCCGCCAAACUCGCCUCCUACCAACGCCCGGUCCCCUUCACCUCUUUCUCCUACGACGAUCACCGGCUCAUCAGGACCGGCAAACACCAGUUCGAGUCUCUCAGACCGUUCUCGGUCCCUCAGAAUCUCGUCGGCUUCGACCUCAGUCAUCGGAUCGAUCGGGCCGUCUUUCGAGACGAAUCGAUCGACGAAGGCAUCGACGGACUCCUGAUCAGCCUGAUAGGAUUCUUGGACAAGGCUGAUCCGAAAGAGCGUCUGGAUCUGUGUCGAGGGGUGUUCUCAGCGAGCCUGAUAACCUGGCGAGGCGUGUUAACGAAGCUAUGUGCAUCGGUGUACGAGACGGCUGGGGAGGGCGGAGGAGGGGGAGGGGGAUGGACGAAGGAAGUGAUGAUGGUAGACGGGACGGUGUACAUGAUCGAUGGGCCGAAGACGGCCGAAGAGCAGGGGGGCUCAUCGGCCCAACAGACGUAUUACGGCCAUUCGUACGAGAGUCUGCUGACGAAUCCGAGCGGGUUCGAGGACGUGAAUACCAACACCCAAUGGGUCUCCGUCGUCAAGUCUAACCUUAAUGGGAACAGACUCAUCCUCGGCGGAGAGGUCGAUUGCAUCGAUCCGAAUGCCUUCAAUCACCAUCGCCAUCAGCUCGCUCAUAACUCCGACCAGCCCUCUGAGACCGUCCCUAUCGACCAGUUCAUCGAAAUCAAAACUUCGAUCAUGCCCGCUUCCGAUCGCGAUCACUGGAAUCUAUAUCGCUUCAAGAUGCUGAAGUUCUGGCUCCAAUCCUAUCUGUUGGGUGUGCCGAAAAUCCAUGUGGGAUUGCGCGACCGGAGCGGGAUAGUCCGGGGGGCGCAGGACUAUUUGACGGAGGAGAUCCCGGCGCUGGUGAAGCAGCGGCAGGCGAAGCCGGGGGGGCGAUGGUCGAGCGAGCAGUGUCUGGAGACGGGGGGGUCGAUCAUCGGGUUUGUGCGGGACCGGCUGAGCAGGACCGCCGCGCCGGGGGCGCGGACUCGGCAGAGCGUGUGCCAGGCCCGGCUGGAUACUAUCGUCUCGCAGGAGGCCGCCCGCCGGCGCGCGGAGAGUGCCCACAACCACACGGGGGCUGGAGGGCUGUCGGACACCUGCGCCCGUCAGAUCGCCGCGCUCGCCCACUGGCCUGUCUACACUCUCCGCUUCAGACCCCCCAAAAACCACAGCCUCCCCGGGACACUCGAGCUCGUCGAACGGCCCGCCGACGCCGUCGCCCACUCGGUCGCACAACGCAUGUCCGACGCCCUCUUCGGCUUCCGCCAUCCCCUCCUAAAUCCCCACCACCAUCAGCAUGGUGGCUCGAGGGUUGGGUUCUUGCCCUUGCUUUGGAUGUCUUAUCUUGUACUGACUCGCGUCCAACUCGCGCUCGAAACCGAGACCCCGUCACGGAACUUGUACCACUCAACCUGA